AUCUAUCUAUCUAUCUAUCUAUCUAUCUAUCUAUCAGCAGACAGAAUACACUCAGUCAAAUACAUCUGUACGAAAAUGAACAUCAUUGUGUUUCUGAGGAUCAUAAAGUACCUUAUCAUUGCUGCUCCGUCACAGAACUCAAUUCUCACUUUAACACUGAUUCUGAGCAGUGGACUAUGAAACAACAUAAACUGUUAUUAAUUUAUACUCCGAACUGGACUUCAUCUGAGGAUAUCAAAUGGACUCAGAAGGGCAGCAAUGCGCCUUUAACGUUACAGGAGAAUAAUCCAGAAGACGGCGGUAAUAACGCGUUUUGGAUGCAGGUUACCGUUAACCCUCAAGGAAUAAGAAGAAGCAAUGCGUCUUUGACUAUAGACAUAAUACGUAUAUUAUGUCUAUGACUUUGACCAGCAAUGCGCCUUUGACGCGUCUGUUUUGCUGCAGCUCACAUGAGUUGAGGAACUCGACGGGAACAUAAGAAAGUUUUGAAGACUUGUAUUUAAACAUCACAUUAAGGACUGAAGUCAGUUUCCCAUUAUGGGGAGCACAGAGAGCCAUGAGAGAUCUUCAUCUCCUGAUCCCAGCUGUGUGUCUCUGAAGAGUGACAGAUCAAUGCCUCUUCCUCCUAAAUUCAGUGAUGAUCCAGUGACCUCUGACCCCAGCAGAUCAGAUGAAGAGCGAAGCAUGUCUCGAGAAGUCUUCUGUCUAAAUACCACGAGCGUUACAGCGUCUCUGAAAAAACAUGAUCAACCAGAGAAUGAUGAACUGCAGAGAGCCAAAGACCAGCUCAAAACCAGCAUGAAGAACAAGUAUGAGAGAUUUUUUGAGGGACUGAAACCCCGGGAGAAUGAAAGCCUCCUGAACAGCAUGUACACACAGCUCUACAUCAUAGAGGGAGAGAGAGAAGGAGUGAAUGAAGAACAUGAGGUUUUACAGAUGGAGAAAACUCUCAGAACACAACACUCAAAAGACACUUUAAUCUGCUACAAUGACAUCUUUAAAGCCUCACAAGAAUUAGGAUGUGAAGCGAAAGAGCAGAUCAAGACUGUUCUCACUAAAGGCAUCGCUGGAAUCGGAAAAACAGUCUCUGUGCAGAAGUUCAUUCUGGACUGGGCUGAGGGAAAAGCCAAUCAGGAUGUAGAUUUCAUGUUUGUGCUUCCAUUUCGAGAGCUGAACAUGAUUCAAGAUCAUCAGUCCAGUCUUCACAGACUUCUGCUGGACUUUCAUCCUGAACUUCAAGAUCUGGACUCCAAGAUUUAUGAGAAGUGUAAAGUUGUGUUCAUAUUUGAUGGUCUGGAUGAAAGUAGAAUCACACUGAUGUUUUCAGAUGAUCAGAAAGUUUCUGAUGUAACAGACACUUCAUCAGUGGGUGUGUUGAUGUCAAAGCUCAUGAAAAGAGAGCUGCUUCCCUCUGCUCUCAUCUGGAUCACCUCCAGACCAGCAGCAGCCAAUCAGAUCCCCUCCAAAUACAUCAACCGUCUGACAGAAAUACAGGGAUUCAAUGAGCUUCAGAAGGAGGAGUAUUUCAGGAAGAGAAUCAGUGACGAGCAUAAAGCCAGCAAAAUCAUCUCACACAUCAGAAAAACAAGAAGCCUCCACAUCAUGUGCCACAUCCCCAUCUUCUGCUGGAUAUCAUCCACUGUGCUUCAGAAGCUCCUGGAAGAAGAUCUGAAUGCAGAAAUCCCUCAAACUCUGACUGAAAUGUACAUCCACUUCCUACUCACUCAGAUCGACAUGAGGAAGCAGAAAUAUAAAGAGAGAGAUCCAGAGAAAUUCCUACAGUCCAACAGAGAAGCGAUCAUGAAACUUGCUGAAGUGGCUUUCAAUCAGCUGAUGAAGGGCAAUGUGAUGUUCUAUGAGGAGGACCUGAUUGAGAGUGGCAUAGACCUCACUGACGCCUCAGUGUAUUCUGGGAUUUGCACUGAAAUCUUUAAGGAGGAACCUGUGAUAUAUCAGAGGAAAGUCUACAGCUUCAUUCAUCUGAGCGUUCAGGAGUUUCUCGCUGCUUUCUAUUUGUUUUACAUUUAUGUAAUGAAAAAUGUUGACACCCCAAAGUUUUUGGAUGUUGUUCAUAGUCUCCAUAGAGAAGCAAUAGAUAAAGCCAUUAAGAAUGAGAAUGGACGUCUGGAUCUGUUUCUGCAGCUCCUGCUGGGCGUCUCACUGGAGUCCAAUCAGAGACUCUUACAGGAUCUACUGGCACACACAGAGAAGAGCUCAGAGAGCAUCAGGAGAACCACACAGUACAUUAAAGAGAUGAUCAAAGAUGGACAUGGACUUUCCACUGAAAGAUCCAUCAAUCUGUUCCUCUGUCUGCUGGAAGUGAAAGAUCAGACUCUGUCCAGAGAGAUUCAGGAGUUUGUGAAAUCAGAAAAACUCUCAGAGAAGAAACUCUCUCCUGCUCACUGCUCAACAAUAUCCUACAUGCUUCAGAUGUCAGAAGAGCCAUUGGAAGAGCUGGACCUCAAGAAAUACAACACAUCAGCUGAGGGGAGAAGACGACUGAUACCAGCUGUGAUCAACUGCAGAAAAGCUCUAUUUUCUGGCUGGGAUCUCUCAGAUCAGCAUUGUGAAACUGUGUCAACAUCUCUAAAAUCCUCAAACGGUGUCCUAAGAGAGCUGGAUCUGAGUAACAAUGACCUGCAGGACUCUGGUGUAAAGUUUAUUUCUGAUGGACUGAAGAGUCAAAACUGUCAGCUGGAGAUACUGAGUCUUGCUGUCUGUAAUCUCACUGCUCAGUGUUGUGAGAGUUUGUCAUUAGCUCUACAAUCCUCAAACUGUGUCCUGAGAGAGCUGGAUCUAAGUAACAAUGACCUGCAGGACUCUGGUGUAAAGUUUAUUUCUGAUGGACUGAAGAUGUCAAACUGUCAGCUGGAGAUACUGAGGUUGUCGGGCUGUAUCGUGACAGAGGAAGGCUGUGGUUAUUUGUCUUCAGCUUUGAGUUCAAACCCCUCACACCUGAAAGAGCUGGAUCUGAGCUACAAUCACCCAGGACAAUCAGGAGUCCAGCUGCUCAGACACAAACUGGAGGAUCCAAACUAUAAACUGCAGAUACUAAAUGUGGAUCAUGGAGAAGAGAUGAGGAUGAGAGCAGGACCACGAAAAUAUGCCUGUUUUCUUACACUGGAUCCAAACACAGCACACCCUGAACUCAUUCUGUCUGAGAAGAACAGAAAGGUGACACAUGUGGGAGAGAAACAGCCGUAUCCUGAUCAUCCAGACAGAUUUGAUGUGUGUUCUCAGGUGUUGUGUAGAGAGAGUGUGUGUGGAUGCUCUUACUGGGAGAUUGAGUGGAGUGGAGGUGUGUGUAUAUCAGUGUCAUAUGAGAGCAUCAACAGGAAGGGAUCAAGUAAUGAGUCUGUGUUUGGACGUAAUGAUCAGUCCUGGGGUUUGAUCUGCUUUCCCUCCAGUUACUUAUUCAUACACAACAACAUAAAGAUUGAUCUCCCUGUAGAGUCCAUCAUCAGGAGAAUAGGAGUGUUUGUGGAUCACAGUGCAGGAACUCUGUCCUUCUACAGCGUCUCCAGAAACGAUAUGAACCUCAUCCACACAGUCCAGACCACAUUCACUCAGCCACUCUAUCCUGGGUUUUGGGUUUAUUAUUAUGGAUCAUCAGCAAAAUUGUGUUGAUGAAUCAGAAGAGACUGACGAGAGAUUCUACCCAUAAUGCUUUUUUUAGCUGCAUAAUAAAUCAGUGACAGUGAGAUGUUAUAGAGUAUCUUCUGUCACAGAAAUAAGUCAGAAUAAAUAUGUCAUAAAUCCUUAUAUAGACAGUGAGAUCAGUGUGUGUGUUUGUAUGUGAGAGACAGUGUGAGUGUGAGACUGUGUACAAACCCGAUUCCAAAAAAGUUGGGACACUUGUAAGUAAAAAAGUAAUGGAAUAAUUUACAAAUCUCAUAAACUUAUAUUCUUAUAUAAUAUUGUGAAUAACUUUAUUCACAAUAGAAUAAAUCUAACAUAUCAAAUGCUGAAAGUGAGACAUUUGAAAUGUCGUGCCAAAUAUUGGCUCAUUUUGGAUUUCAAGAGAGCUACACAUUUCAAAAAAGUUGGGACAGGUAGCAAUAAGAGGCUGGGAAAGUUAAAUUUACAUAUAAGGAACAGCUGGAGGACCAAUUUGCAACUUAUUAGGUCAACUGGGAACAU